AUGGAUCUGUACAGAAGGGAGUUGCAGUGCCAGCAGGCUGCCCUGCGAGAGGCGCAGGAAGACUUCAAGAAGCAGAAAGAGAUCCAAGCGCAGGAGCUCAGUCAGAAACGCCGGGAGUUGCAACUUUUGGCCCAAGAGGUGGCGCAACUCUCCACGCGAAGGCUCAAAGAGGAUGAAGAGGUGCUGCAGGAGCUGAAACGCAGCCGUGAGGAGAUUGGUUUCCUUUCCGAAGAGUUGCAACGAGUGAAGGCAGAGCAGCAGCGUCGAGCGCUGCAAGAGAUUGAAGAUCUGGAGUCGCAGGCGUCGGUGCUUCGGUCCGCCUUUGGUUCAUCUCGAUGA